AUGUAGCCGUGCUACAUUCGGCCGAUAGGUGGCCUAACGCAUUGCAUUGAACGUUAGAAUUAUAUCCUAAUAUCGUAGGAUUAAAAAAAAAAAACAGUAGCUAGCUCGCUAGCUGCCGUAGCAAAACAUGCAGAAAUAUGAGAAGCUUGAGAAGAUUGGAGAGGGGACUUACGGAACAGUCUUCAAAGCAAAAAACAGAGAAACUCAUGAGAUUGUAGCUCUCAAGAGAGUCAGAUUAGAUGAUGACGACGAGGGAGUUCCAAGUUCAGCAUUGCGGGAAAUCUGCUUGUUAAAAGAACUUAAGCAUAAAAAUAUAGUCAGGCUGCACGAUGUUCUACACAGUGACAAGAAGUUAACAUUAGUGUUUGAGUACUGUGAUCAGGAUUUGAAGAAAUAUUUUGACAGCUGCAAUGGUGACUUGGAUCCCGAGACAGUGAAGUCAUUCAUGUACCAGCUGUUGAAAGGACUGGGCUUCUGUCACAGUCGGAACGUGCUGCACAGGGAUCUUAAACCGCAGAACCUCCUCAUCAACCGAAACGGUGAGCUGAAGCUGGCUGAUUUUGGGUUGGCGCGGGCCUUUGGCAUUCCGGUGAGGUGUUACUCCGCCGAGGUGGUGACGUUGUGGUACAGGCCGCCGGAUGUGCUGUUUGGCGCCAAGCUGUACUCUACCUCUAUUGACAUGUGGUCUGCAGGCUGCAUAUUCGCUGAGCUGGCAAAUGCUGGAAGACCCCUAUUUCCAGGAAAUGAUGUCGAUGACCAGUUGAAGAGGAUCUUCCGAUUGUUGGGAACCCCAACUGAGGAGCAGUGGCAAACUAUGACCAAACUCCCUGAUUAUAAGCCGUACCCCAUGUAUCCAGCCACGACUUCACUGGUGAAUGUUGUUCCUAAGCUUAGUGCCACAGGGCGGGACCUGCUGCAGAAUCUGUUGAAGUGCAAUCCAGUCCAGCGUAUCUCGGCAGAGGAAGCCUUACAGCACCCCUACUUCGCCGACUUCUGCCCCCCAUAGACGUUUGGCUACCCCCGCCCGCCGGGCUCUCCUUGGCUGCCCCCGUCCUUUCACAUCCAACCAAACGGUCACAACCCAAACAGGGUACUGCUCCCCCCCCUCUAUACACAUCCACCGGGCAUCAGGAACGCAGUCCUCGCGGGACUUUAGGUUUUCUGCCAUUCAUCUCUCUUUCUGUCUACUGCUUGCAUCAGGGGGCUUUUGCUUUACGGUCGAGGUAACGGCGGCCAUCCCCUCACACAACAUGGGCCCUCCUUCCACACAGCACGGCUUGAUGGCAAUAAGUAAAGCGAGGCCCAGCGGGGGCUCCAAAUCGCCUUAAUGACGACAACCCAGUACCAACACUGAGCCAUUUUGUCUCCACAAGGGUGAACUUGAUUAAAUCAGACAUUUUGAAUCAUUGAUGAAACCCCCGCCGCAGAAAUGUCUGGCAAUUUACGUGCUGUACUUUUUUUUUUCUUUUUUUUUUUCUCAUCACUUCUUAGCAUUUUUAGGUUAGAUAGCAGAAGAUGGUAAGAUGGUAAUGGACUAAAUUUCUCACACUGAUGAUGAAAAAAACAAGACAGUUUAGAAGCACAAUGCUGCACACUCCAGAAGCCAAUUUCAACCAAACCGUUACUCAGCAAUGGGAAUUCGGAAUCGUUACAGCUUUCAGUUUGGUGCCGUACAAAUAUGCCUUUUACCACUUACUAAAAUGCAUUUGAGAUUUGUGUAAUUUAAUGGAAAAAGAUGUUAUUUAUCUUGGCGUAUUGUAAUUGUACAGGCUUCUAGUCCUCCAUAUUAGAACCCAUUUUUAUUGUAAUGCACUUUCAGUAUCUUAAGGGCAACAUUUGUAGCUUUUUUCCUUUUUUUUUUUUUUUUUUUAAUGACUUGCUUAUAAGUCGGUUGAACACUGAAGGUGGAGGUGUCCUACUCAGCCACUGUUGGUAUUGAAUAUUUUUUUGAAGAGUGGACCAUAAUUAAUUCAGACGUUUUUUUAAAUACUUUUUUGUUGUUGCUGUUAUCUGGUAUUAUUGAAUUGUUGUCUUUAUGUUGAAACUGCUACCGCAAUGGAUGAAAAAAAAAAAAUUGCUCCUCAUUGCAAAAAAUGUAAUGUUUUCACAAUACAUUUGAGCAAAUUUGAGAAACAAUCAAUCCUUCAAAUUCAGUGAACGUUAUACAGAGUAUGAAACAUUCUGUGCAGCAAUAGUUCACUAACGGGUAUUUCAUGUUUGGUGUGUAACUUGUGUGAAUGAACCAGUGUUACUGUUUUAUCCAUGCUAUAAAGUAAUUAAAAAAACAACCUGUUACUUAAUACACAAUUAGCCGCUCAUGUUGGUUAUGAAAGGUGUAUUUUUUUCCAUCCGAUGUUUGCCAGGAUGCUUCAUCUGCAUUUGCAGUAUUGUUUCAAAAGUAGUUUCUACUUAAAAUGAUUCCAGUUGUUUAGAAUGGUAUUUGAUUGGCUGUUUGCCUGCAUUGAUUCAAAUAGAUGCAAAAUGUUUUGAGAAUAGGUCUAUUAGUCUUUCAAAAUGAAAACAUUACAUCUAUUGGAAAGCCAUUAUGAACAAAUUAAUAAAUCUGGUAAGCACUACAUUGAGCCUGCAUAACAUCAGGUUUUUUUAUUUCAUUUUUAAAAAUUAUUUUGAGAAUUUUAUCAUUAUGAUUGGCAAAUGGGUCAUGCUGUUUCACAUUAGGGAAAGUACAUGAAGGUUUCAAAAGAAUGUUUUGAAUUGGACUACUGUAUUAUGUUGUCAUUUGACAUGCUAGUCACUAACAGACCUGGCACCUUCUGUGGUAGUUGCCAAGUAAGCCAAAUUGCUAAGCUAAACCAUGGACAUUCAUUUGUAUUUGGUUUGUAUUUGUUCUGUGGAAGGUAUUGAACCCUUGGAUUUUAACAAACCCUACAUCACAUAAGAAUAGUCUAGAUCUGACUCUGCUUAUAGCAAAUGAUGAAAUGAUUGGGUAGGAACGGUUUGGAGUUAUGACACUAUAAUUUGUGGCACGUGUAUGUUUUCAGUCUGGUGUUCGAAGCAUUGAUUGAUAAUUUGACAAGUGGACUAUUGGUCCAUGAAGGGUAUAUCAUUCCUGGCUGUGAAAAACAUAAAAAGAAAAUCCAGUUCUGACAUGUAGGACUGCAAACCUUUUCUACUUCAUGACGACACAUCAGUGAAACUUUGGAAUGAUGGUGAAUGUUUCUUUCCAUUUAAUCCAGUCUGUUUCCUCUCACUGUCAGUGAUGCCAUUUCUGUGGUCUAUACAUAAACAUUGUACUUCAUUAAAUAUUUAAUAAAUUAGAGACAAACUCCAA